GGACAACUCAGUGUACGACCUGUAGUAAAAACUUUGUUUUUUGUGACGGGGUACAUAUGCUGCUUUCAUCGUCGUAUAGAAUGCUGUCAGUAUUUUCUUGCACAGUAUAAUGAAAUUUUUCAGGAUAUAUUGAACGGAGUUUUUAUUAGUUUCUCAGCAAAUAAUAAAAAACCGGAUAUUCUUUAACUUGCUAUUACUUAUGUCAUUACUAAUGUAUAUAGUAUCACUAAAAAAACAUAUCGCAAACAUAUAACUUUUUUAAAUUAAUACACAUGUUGCUUCUCCUUGCUUUUCAGCAUUUCAGUUAAUGGGAAAUGGAAACUGUUGUGGUUGCUAUUUUACCUCUGCUAAUAAAUUGUCAGGCCCUUUUCCAGAAAAAUUGUAUUAUUUCGAUUUCGUUUUAUGCUUCUGGACGCAUGAGGAGAAGGACAUCUUCAAGGACAAGUACCUGCAGCGCCCCAAGGAUUUCGGCUACAUCAGCUCCUUCUUAAAACGGAAGAGCACGCAGGAUUGUAUACAGUAUUACUACCUCCCCAAGCGGAAAGAAAACUAUAAGCAGAUGGUCAAGAAGCAGAAGGCCUUCCGGAUGCGCCGCGGUCCCAAUAAGAAUCAAUAUGACGAUGGAGAUGUUGUGAUCCGGUCUUUAUCCAUUGAUGCGGCCAUCGAGGCCGAGAUUGCUAAAAACGAACAAAAAAUCAAAGCCAUUGUUGAAGAUUUGGCCUGUGUGUGGGAUGUUAGUGAGACACGUGGAUUACCGCCAUUUCAGCAUUCGUUGAAGAAAAUCUUGGAGGAUCUGGUUAGAAAGCAGACGUAAUAGUUUUUUUUUGUGCCUCUUAUUCUUGUACUUCAAUUUGGUGUAUUAGUUACCAUCUGGCUUUCGAAGAUCGUUUUGUUUGUCUUUUGUAUAUGCUAUUUUUUGUAUAUCCAUACCCUUCCGGUAAUGUAGACUUACUGUUAUUAUAGAUAUAUUCUGGAUAAUAAAUACAAAGAAAAAGCGGU